AUGCCGGACACUUACGACUACAUUAUUGCAGGGUAAGUCGGCUCCAACAGUAGUAAUGGCAGCACGCGAGCCUGACAUGCAUACUUAGUGGUGGAACAUGUGGGCCUGUUGUUGCAGGACGCUUGUCAGAGGACCCCAACCUCAAGGUCUUGAUCAUUGAGUCAGGCUCGCCAAGCGCAGAACUCGACGAUGUCCAGAUGCCAGGAGCAUGGACGAAAUGCCAUUACGGAGAGACCGACUGGAACAUUGUCUCUACGCCACAGGCUGGCCUGCAGAACAGAGAAUGCAGACUCCCACGAGGAAGGUUUCUGGGAGGAAGCAGUGGCUCUAAUGGCACCAUCUGUAUUCGAGGAGUGAAGCAGGACUACGAUGACUGGGGUUUCCCGGAGUGGAGUGGCGAUGAGAUGUUCAGAGCCAUGAAGAAGGUGAGGAAAAUCGCAACAAGGUCACGAUCACAUCUGACACGCCAUCACUAGUCCGAAAAGUUCGUUCCUAAGAAAUGGUUCCCUCAUGAGGAGAGCGCUCAUGGCUUUGAUGGUCCUCUUCGCAUCGAACCAGCUGAGGCGCCCUUCCCGAUCGCACACAAGAUGUUCGAAUCUUUCCAGUCCAAAGGGCUACCAUACCGACCCGACAUGUUCAGCACAGGAGAAGCGGCCAACGGCUGUGGUCAUGCUAUGAGGACCACUUGGAAAGGCUCUCGUACCACCGCUGCCGACUACAUCACGAAGGACUACGAACGGAAGAACGUCACCAUCAUCUGUCACGCGACUGUUGACAAAGUCAUCCUAGAGAAGGGAGCAGACGGAGAACUUGAGGCCAAGGGCGUUGAGUACCUCGACAAUGAUGGCAAUCGCUACUCAGCCAAUGCAAGCCGAGAAGUUCUUCUUGCCGGUGGCACCUACUGCUCUCCAGCAAUGCUUAUGCGCUCUGGAAUCGGACCUAAGGAGGUUCUCAACAGCCUCAACAUCCCCGUACAGCUCGACAUUCCUGGCGUUGGUCAGAACCUACAAGACCAUCAACUCAUCUUCAUGUACUACGAGCUCAGCGAACCUGAUCUCACUGAUGAUGCUCGCGUCAACCACGAUCCCGAUGCGUACACCAACGGCCACAAAGAAUGGGAAGAGAAGAAGUCUGGUUGGCUAUCAACUUUCCCGUUCGGCGCUUUCGGCUUUGCAAGACUGGCAGACCGCCUCGAGCGAGACAGUGAGGAAUGGCGCAACUUCCCACGCCGCGAGGGCCGUGAUCCAAUGGAUCUUACCGAGACUCAGCCAAACAUGGAGUUCUUCAACACUAUCUGCUAUGGUGGACCACCAGAGUACACCGACUUUCCUAAGUCCGGUGAAUGGGCUUUCUCGGCUUGCACAUUCCUUUGUGGCGCCAUGUCGCGAGGCGAGGUCAAGAUCAAGACCACAGACCCCUUCGAGCCUCCAUGGGUCGACCCAAGAUACCUCUCCGACCGCAGGGACUUGCUGAUGAUGUCUGAGGGAGUUCGCUUCCUGAACGAAGUCGUCAUGGAAGGUGCUGGGACGAAGAAUAUUGUCAAGGGCGGCUGGCCACGCGGCACAAGCCACCACCUCAACAAGACCAACGAAGACUGGCAUUCAUUUGUGCAGAAGUAUGCUUCGACUUCGUACCACCCUGGUGGAACUUGCAAGAUGGGCAAGGCCGAGGACAAGACGUCUGUCGUCGACAAGUACCUGAGGGUUCAUGGCUGCAAGAACUUGAGAGUUGUCGACUGUUCGAUCAUGCCUUCGCUGCACAGCGGACACACUCAGAUGCCGGUAAGUACAACUGUCACACCAAUAAUCAAAGUCAUUUGCUUACAGAUUUUUCUCUUCUACAGGCUUUCGGUAUUGCCGAGAAGGUAUCGGAGUACAUCAAGCAGCAGACUGGUGGAGCGAAGGUGACCAACGGCACGAACGGCGUGACCAAUGGUUCCAACGGCAUGACCAACGGCACGAACGGCGUGACCAACGGUGCCAAUGGCGUUAACGGCAUCAAUGGGCAUCACUAG